AUGACGUCCCGCGAAGACCAAGUCCUCAAACCCCGAGAUCCCUCGCUCGAAGACGAGAACGAAUGGGAAGAGUUCGGCCUGACCGACGUCAAGAUCUUGAUUCCCGGCAAGUCGCGCUAUGCGAACCUGCUAGCAACGUCGCCAGAGAAUCCUGUGAGGGUCAUUGGCAGUUUGAAUGAGGUAGAGGAGGAACAGAGACAUCUUGUCCUCGACGACGACUACAUCUCGAAGCGAAUCGUUAUCGAAAACGUGACUCACUACGCCUACGGCCAGCAUGCCGAUGGCGAGAUUGGCGUCUGGGUGGCCGGCCAGGCUGGGUGGUACUCUAUCGUACCUGCCAAGGGCUACAGACCGAUGCACAAUGACAUGGUAGAAGCUGUCGAUUUGCUUUAUUUCCUCGUCGACCGACACCGAAACCACAGACCCAGACGGAAACGUCGAGGCGGAGAGCCUACCUUUGAAUACUUAUGCGACGAGUAUGUAAAUCAUACGCACGGUAUUUGCGAGGAUGGCGACGAUUCGGCGGAAGUAUUCUAUAAACACCACAGCUUCCUACUUUCGCAAAUGGUCCAGGGAAGGGAGGACGUGCAGUGGAACGAAACGGAGAUUUUCAAUCAUCUAGCUAAGAAGUUCCCAGAUGAAUACGAGCGAGUCUUGUCAUUGCAACAACAGCAACAAAAACCAGACGAGGAUCGCACUACCGAGAAUCAUGAUGUGCCGGCGAACAUGCAAAUUGUUAAUACCGAAGCCAUUUCUAACACUCAGGCAGACACUAUAUUUGGCAUAAUAACAGAUCUGAAAGAGGCCGGUGCUUUGGCUAAACGCCAACUGAACCUCGACCUUGUUGUUAGCACUCUACGUAAUCAGUACGAAAUCGAGUCGGAAGAAUAUGCUAGAGACCUCGUUAUCGCCCACUCCGAGCUGGUACUCGAACGUAUGGGCCAGGCAGAUUUCGACUGGCCUAAGAAGGCUAUAUUUCGAGAAUUAAAGCAGGCUGCUGAAGACAAGGCUGACGUUCGGCAAAUAGCCAUCACUCCGCUCCGCCCGUGCAUGUCGUUGGACGAGGACAGCUCUUCUGAACAUGAGGAUGGCGACGAUGAUGAUGACCAUGAUAAUAGCCCCCGAGCGCGCAGGCGGCGCAUGCGUAUGUCUGUGUUGCGCCCGAAACUCACAUCAGUAUCGACAAAAAAGGCUGGCAAAAAGACGCGUGGCACCACUGCUGUGGAUGACGUUGGAGAUAUUACGCACUUGUCUGAAGACAGCGAUGCAGGAGCCGGAGAUUUAGAAACUCCCAGCAAGACAUCCCGCGGACACAAUCUCGUACGCGAUCCUCCGCCAUCAGCUACCCCAAUCAACGGACGUGCUCGAUCGAUUGCGCUGUCUGACGCAGAUUCUACUUCUCUAGUUAUUCGAAAGACGCCUCUCCAGGAAACGCAUCAGUCUGCCAAUCUGUCUGGUCCCGAAGCAGCCAGCAGCGGUCAUGACAACAACGGAAAUAACAACAACAGCAAUAACAGUAUUAACAUUAACAACAACGGUAGCAGCCACAUCGACAACCUCCCAGAAGACGCGUGGGCAUGUUCGGUACAAGGAUGCGGUAAAGUGAUAUUGAAAGCCAGCUCGAAGAGAUCCAAAGAACUUAUCCACGAUCAUACCCUUACCCAUGCCGAGGACACGCAAACCAAACUUAAUCUCGUGUUUGCAGAGCAGCGACUGAAUGUCAACAUUGGCGUUGAUCAUUUGCUGCGUCGAAUUCGCGAGUUUGGAACGCUUGAUGGGGUCACGGCGGAUGGAAGUGAUGUUGCUGCUAAACGAGUUCGGAGAUGA